GAUAAAGCAGGAUUUGUGGAAUAUGUCAAAAUGGAGUUGUUUUGUCAACCUCUGUUUUUGUUUACUUUUCUGAGUCUCCUGGUAAUGCACAAUCCUAAGCCUUACUCUUGUAUUUACAACUGCUGUAACUGUGGAGAAGUCAACCCAUUAAAUGUUUACGUAACCAAAGGAUCCACUUUGGUAUUGAAUUGCACAAUUGAAGAAGAUAGCAGUCCCUACUUCCUGAUGUUUACAUUUAGUAACGAUAACGUGGACCAAUCAGAAUUCAUGGAACUUCACGGAAAAAACACCAUCCUACUAAGGAAGGUUAUCACAGACUUUGAAGAUCAGGGUGUCUACUAUUGUUACAAAAAUGACAAAAAAGUUGGAUCCACCUACGUAGAGGUUGAGUACCCCCUACAGCCUGUAAAUGACAGUGACUUUUGGUGUGUACUGUACGACUGGGACCAUUCUCUUUCCUGUUCCUGGGAGAUGGGCGCUUAUAAAAACAAGGGCAACAUCAAUGUUACUGUCAUUGCCGAGACCAGGGAGAGUCCUUUGGAAGAAGAUUUAGAGGACCAAGUACAUGUGUACUUAUUUAGUUACCAAAGGCUGUAUCCAGCCAAGAUAAACCAAACUUUCUGCCAGUGGAAGGAAACAUUUGAUGAUCCCUAUUGGUAUAGAUUCUAUUUGACUGUUCACAACAUCAAAACGAACCAAUCUGUCCAGAGUGUUUUUACCAAAUCAGCUAAAAGUAUUGGUGAGUCAGUGAAACCAGCUCCGAUAUCAGACGUUUUUGCUGAGAAUAUAUCAAGCACAUGUUUGACAGUCAAAUGGACUACCAGAAAAUUUAGAUUCCAAGUGUUGGUCUUCAUUGUAUCUGAUGAAUGGAACAUUUCAAUUCCACAGAGGAAAGAGGUCAGUCCACGUGACCAUGUUGAGCAAUACUUGCAGUUAUGUGACCUGAUUCCCUUUACGGAUUACACCUUCAACAUAACUCGCCGUAAGCUGACCAUGACAAGGCAGGGAUACCAGGAGGACGGAUACUGGAGCGACCCAGCUUACUUCACCUUCAAAACAAUGCCAGAUGUGCCUGCUUCACCCCCCAAUAUUACAGAAGGGAGUUUUUACCACAUAUAUGGAAAUGAAACUAUUUUAUAUUGGAAGCCAAUAAAGCCCAUAGACCGAAAUGGAAUUGUUAUUGGCUACUUCAUCAGUUACACGUCAUCUGAUGGUAAGGAUAAUUACAGUCUGUCUAGCCAGUAUGAGAACGUAACACUGAGUCUACACCCGGAGAAGUGCUACAAUGUCAGUAUAACUGCCGUAACUCAAGAGGGAUAUAGAAGUCCUAGUGCAUCUGUACUUAUCCCACCCAAAACAGCUAUACCUACCCCAUCCACUGUUGUGAUAGAGGUGGACAGAAAUAGAUCCAGUGCAAAUAUAAGAUGGAAAGGGAAUAAAACCUGUCAGCACUAUGUGGUGUUUUGGAUGUCAGGUAACAAUUUGGACUGGAAGAUUAGCUUUCAAAAUUCCACAAUUCUUGCUGCACCACUUCACAACUUGGAAAAAGUGGGUGUAUCCUGUUCUGCCAAUCUAAACCAUAGUUCCUUGGAAAACCCACACAUUGCAGGGGGAGGUCUGCACUGGUUCAGGUGUAAAUAUUUUGAUGAGAAAGAGCCAGCCUUACCUGUGGCAGUGACCGUCAAACCUAAUCAGGAGGCCCUAGACUUGUCAUGGUUCAUACAAUGUGAUGACCUAUCCUCCUAUCCUCAGUGGAUUAAUGUCACCUGGUGUGACCUUGACCUAAUGAAUAGAUGCUCUCAGGUUUGGAGUCAUGUUUUGUUGGAGCCUGGUGAUAGGAACUGCAGGCUUGAGGGCUUGGAUUCCACAAAAACGUACCGUGUCAGAUUCAGUUCACUGUCCAAAGAUGGCCGGACUAAAGAGGGCAGCAAGAUUUAUGAUGUCAAACCUUACCCAAUAAGGGACACAAGUGUAUCAGACAUUGUAAAUAAUCCGGAGAUAAUAUGGCCAAUUGUCGGUGUACUGUGUGUCUUGAUGCUUGUACUUGCAAUUUGGUUUGCCAGAAGAAAGUAUAGGUCAAAACCUGAACCAGCAAUUGAAGUGCCAGUUGUUGCCUCUAAGACAAGUGAAAAAGGUAGUGGUUACACAAAUUACACCGUACAGUACACAGAUAAGAGAGAUGGAAACAAAUACAUGAUAUUGAGUGAGCCAAUUCUAAUGGAUGGUUUUGAGGCUGAAAAAGAGAAAAUUUUCUCUAAUUACUAUGAUGACCACAUAGCAAAAGACGAAGAAAACACGACAGAUAUCUUAGAGGUCCCUGAUAUUUUAGAAGACAUGGAAAAGUCUGAAUUGUACAAGAAACAAAAGUCCACCUCUCAGUCUUCAGAUUACUCUAAGUUCAUCACUGCUUCUGGACAUACAAACAACAGUGAUGUAUUCAUCCAAUCCAGAUCUCAAUCAGAUAGUCAUUUCAGCCAAUCAAAACCCCAAUCUGAAUUGUCAAGCAUUGAUUUCAGCCAAUCAAAACCACAGGAUGAAUUUUCAAAUCAUAGUGGAUCAUCCAAUUAUAACAAGUCAAAAUUGAAUGCAAAUGGAACAGGAAGUGAUAUAACUGAAGAGGAAGGGUUAGAUAAGAGUUCGGCAUUUUCAUCUAACGAGGAUGGUUAUCGAGAAAUCAGACAGGACUCGACAGCUACGGACAUGUCUGCGUAUUUCGAGACAUCUUACAAUACCAAUUCAAAGGUUGACUCUUACAGCAAAGUCAAUGUCAAUGAAGACGUUAAUGCAGAGACAGAUGAUGAAUUACUUGUUAACUUACAAUCCAGAUCGUCAAAUACCGAACAAAACACUGACAGCGCAGGAUCAAAUGGGAGUUCUAAUUUAUCAUCUCCUUGUACAACUGCAAAUGUUGUACCAGUAGAGGAACAGCAAGCACCUGUUAGGGGGGAUGUUUUAUUGUCCUCCUGUGUAGGUGACAUAUCUUUACAAAAUUUACAGGAUUCCCCUCCUCAAAUGAAUGAAACCAUCAUAAAAAGUCCUCCAGAGGAUUCAGAUGAGGAAGACUCCUCAAACUCUGGUGCCCCCCUACCAAAUUCUGGUGGCUCCUUAUCUAACUCUGGUGUCCCCCUACCAAAUUCUGGUGGCUCCUUAUCUAACUCUGGUGGCCCCCUUCCAAACUCUGGUGGCUCCUUAUCAAACUCUGGUGGCUCCCAAUCAAACUCUGGUGGCUACCUUUCAAGUUCUACCUCUGGUGAGGAUGGAUAUAAAACUGUUGAUCUGAACAGUGGCUGUGCCUCAACUGUGCAAUCAUCUGACUACACACCAAUUUAUGGCAGUUAAUGUAGGUCUUCAUGUAAAUGUGUCAUUUGAUUGUUCUUGGCCAAUCAGAUCAAAUUUGUAUUUAAAAAUAUCUGUAGUCAACAGUCCUGAUGGAAUUUUUUUUAAAUAUGGUAAAAAUCUUCAGAAAGUCACAGGGACUGUGUGUAACAAAGUUUUAGGUCUAUAUAAGGAAUAUAGUGUAAAGUCUUGAAAGUGGUACAUAAAAGGAACAAGGUAUAUGUUUCAAUACAUUUCUAAAAUUCAGAUGAUGUGAGAAAUUAAAAUUCAUUCUCUCUGAAUUCCAUGCAGUAAAAAAAAAAUUCAAAUUAUUUUUCCAAAAUGACCUUCUGAAUGCUUAUUGUGACAUGAAAUUGACAAUUAUUAAAGUUAAAGAAAGACAUCUAUUUUCAGUAGAAUUUUCUUUCAGAAAACAUAAAGCACAUGCAUUAACCACAAAGAUUUUGAGGUAUCUGAUUUUUCAAAGCAUUUUACACAAGGUAUCCAAAAAUUAAAGUGGGCAACGACUGCAGACACAAUUUUCUGUCAGAGGAAAAUAACAAGAAAAUGAGUCAUUUUGAGACUUUUCUGCAUAAAACUUAAAAAUGGACCAAAUUAAUGAUGUCACUUUUCCAGAAUGAUCCUCCUUCAUGCCACAGAAAUGAUCAUUUUGAGGCAUUUCUGUAUAAAACUUAAAAAAGCACUAAAUUAAUGAUGUCAUAUUUCCAGAAUGGUCCUCCUUUGUGCCGUAUUUUUGAAUGAUUUCAUUUAUCACAUUCCUCUACUCAACUCAUGUUAAAGCCAAUAUCAUGAUUUUUUAAGAACAUGAAUUUUUUAGGGCACAGUAAGGUCCAAUCUGUACCUUCUUGUUUCCCUGUGUGCAAAUUCUUUAUAACCAAGUUUUACUGUAUUUAAUCAAAUAUCACCAUAAUGAUAGAAUUCUGAUAGAAAUUUUUCAUGCACACGCAAUGAUUAUACGGGUAUAAUCGUGAAAAGGUGCUUAAGACUUUAUAUACAUGUACAUGCCAUCAAUUUUUUAAAUGACUUCAUAAAUGUACAUUUACAUUACAGAUAGAUCUGAUGUUUUAUAAACUGUUUUGCUGUUGAAGAUGUUUUUAACAUAUGUAUUCAUUAUUUCAUGUAAAAGGGCCUAUACAUGUAUGUGCCAUCAAUUUUUUAAACGACUUCAUAAAUGUACAUUUACAUUACAGAUAGAUCUGAUGUUUUAUAAACUGUUUUGCUGUUGAAGAUGUUUUUAACAUAUGUAUUCAUUAUUUCAUGUAAAAGGGCCUUCUGUAUUUUUUUUUUUUUUUGGCUGGUCCUUCUUCUAGUAAUGAAAAGGUUUUAUUUGGAUUUUUUUGUCCACUUUAUAUCAUUUCUGAAAGUUUUGAACAAUUAGUUAAUAAUGAUUGAUUAUUAUUUUCACAGCAUUUUAUUUGAUGCAAGUGAUUUAUUUGCAGCAUAAAACUGAAAACUUUUAUGUUGUUUUAUUGUGUUGUAUGGGUAUUAUAUUUUGUCAUUAUUUUGUGCAGCUGUGUUUAUUCCUUACCUGUAUAUUAAGAAACUGCGUGAUAUAUGAGUUUAAUUUGUAUUUUCACCUAAAAUUUCUGAUCAUGA